AUGUCCGUCCUAGUGCCAUCAUCGUCAACAACUUCGCGUCAUUAUUUUUCUAAUCCUCAUGUAAAUGGAAAUGUAUCUGCAGCAAGAAAACAAACAUCAUUAACCUAUCGUUCAACGCCAAAAUUAAAUGAAACUACUGAUGGACAUAUUGAGAAUGAUCACGUGCCAUAUGGUGUUGUUAAUUCCAUGAAACAACGUUUAUUCGAUAAAGUAAAUGAAUCUCUAUUAUCAAAUAAUAAUUCAAUCGUUGCACGCCAUUUAUUAUCGAAACCAUCAUUGCGUAUAUCAUCGAAUGAAAAUUUACUUCAAACUAAAUCGUUAACAUCAGCGUUAAAACAAACUGCACGUUUAUCGCAAAGUCAAGAUAAUUUGAUAAAUGCAGAACAAUUUGCUUCAUAUUUACAGCCGAAACAAGAUGUUAUUAUUGUUGAAAGAACAAUAUCAGAUGAUGAAAUUCUUGCUACAUCUCGGCAUUCCUAUACAGAAUUACAUAUUGACGAAGUACCAAAGCCUGGCACGGUUACAACUGUCAAAAAAAUGUUUGAACGACAAAUACGUUUGAGUCGAUAUGACAGUGAUAAAAUACCGAAUACACCAGUACCUCAUAAUUCACGGAUGAACAGUCAACAUCGAGAAACUUCAAGUCCAACUCGUUCACGUAGUAUAUCGCCAAAUGAUAUGGCUGUACGACAACGGCGAACAACAACACCAGUGACACAUACAUCGACAUUAGUUCCAUCGGUAUCCGUACCUAUAUCAACAUCAUAUCCUGAUGUAGUUAUAUCACAUACACCACCAGCCACAAUUCAUAUUGAAACACAUAAAACGAUUAGUGAUGCAAGUAUAAAUAGUGAAAAUAAGAGAAAAAAUUUACCAUUAAAUAUAACUAAUGAUGAAACAAUGAACGCUAGUGUUAAUCAAAAUCGCCCAAAUGUUUUAGUUUCGACAAGUUCAUCGCCAGAUAAUGAUGAAUAUCAGCCGCUGGAUUUUAAAAGUCGUCUAGCGUUAUUUAAUCGUACAAAUACAAUGGAACAAACACAAGUAAAUUCUCAUAUUUCGAUCAACAAAACGAAACCUUCAAAUCAUAAUAAAACGGCUGCGCCACCCCCGCCACCAAAUUUUUUAACGAAACCUGCGUUACAUCAUCAUUUAGAAAGAAAAGACAAUUUAUUAGAUGCAAUUGCUCGACCCGCUGUUAAUACAGAUAAAUCAGUAACAUUUUUUGGUGGAGCCAAAGUCAAUGGUGAUCUCACAUCAACUCUACCAGUCUCAAUACCUUCGCCACCUUUAUCGGCAACAAAAGAUGAACAGUCACCUACAUCGACACCAACACCAAUGGAAGUAACUUCUACUCCCGAUGUUAUUGGUGGGAAUGUUAAACUAAAUAAAUCAUCUAUUUUUUCAGGAAGCAAAAAAGAUACUCGAGUACAAUUCAUUGAUAGUGUCGAUACAUUCGAGUAUCCGUCAUACAAUGCAACAAUGGCGGAAUUUGGUAUUAGUCUUUCCGAUGAUGAGGAUGAUGAUGAUGAUGAUGAUUAUGAAAAUGGCCUAUCGAAUCAAAAUGGUACAAAUAGUAUCGAAAAUAAUAAUUUAAAUGGAAAAAUAAUUCAUUCAAUAGAUGACGUUGAUGAUGAUGAACUCGAAGAAUUAGCAAGUAUUAAUGCAAAAUUUAAUUCAAAUGCUCAGACAGACAAAACACUUCAAUCGAAAGAAAAAACAAGAAACUCAAAUGGUACAUUACAUACGUUUCGUCCAAGCUAUCUCGAUCAAUACGAAUUAGGUACACAACAUGACUCUAUAACAAAUUCCCAUUUGUCAGAUAAAUUUUCCCGAGAAAACUAUUUUUCUUCAAUGGGCAACUAUUCAAAUCAUUCCGUAUCGAAACAAGACAAACCAAUGAUUGAUAUGACAAAUAAUAUUCAAUGGAGUUCCAUGUCAACAACGACUGAUUUACUUUUUUGA